UUAAAUGCGAGUCGUGUAGUAUAUCCAAAACCUAUACGAUACGACACGACGAAAACCAAAAUAAGUUGGGCUUGCGAAGAGGCAGGAACAGUACUGGGCAGAUCAAUACGUCAGUGACUCAGUGACUCAGUAAGUCAUCCAGUCAGUAAGUCAUCUAGUCAGUCAUUCACUAAUCACUCAGACAGAAAUCGUACUUGUAAAACUACCCAACGUUUUGUAUCACUAACAUAGCAUACAUUUUGUACAUAUAUAGACAAUGACUGCUGCUUCUCAAUACGCAAAUUUAGUAUCUAGUCUUUCACAACAAGAUAUUCUUAGCAAAUGGUCUGAUAUUACUCCAUUAAAUAAAAUAUCAGGAAUCCCAACCUCCAAUGAAGAUCAUAAUAAUGAUCCAAAAAAUAGUGAAUUAUUUGAAGGUCAUGAUGAAGAACAAAUUAAAUUAAUGGAAGAAUUAUGUAUUGUAUUAGAUUAUAAUGAUAAACCUAUUGGAGCAGGUACUAAAAAAUUAUGUCAUAUAAUGGAUAAUAUUAAUGAAGGAUUAUUACAUCGUGCAUUUUCAGUAUUCUUAUUUAAUGAAAAUAAUGAAUUAUUAUUACAACAAAGAGCUGAUGAAAAAAUUACUUUCCCAGGAAUGUGGACAAAUACUUGUUGUUCUCAUCCUUUAUGUGUUCCAAGUGAAUUAGGUUUAACAUCAACAACCAAUUCUCAAGAAAUUAAUCAAUUAACUAAUGCAAUUGAAGGAGUUAAAAAGGCUGCUCAAAGAAAAUUAGAUCAUGAAUUAGGAAUUCCUUAUUCUGAUUCUCCUUUAAAAAACUUUCAAUUUCUUACAAGAAUUCAUUACAAAGCUGGUAAUGCAGGACUUUCAAAUAAUGAACAAUCUGAUUCUAAAUGGGGUGAACAUGAAAUUGAUUAUAUUUUAAUUUUAAAGGCUAAAAAUAAUAUCACAAUUAAUGCUAAUGUUAAUGAAGUUUCAAAUUAUAAAUUUGUAUCAGCUAAUGAAUUAAAAUCUAUGUUUGAAGAUUCUUCUUUAAUUUUUACUCCAUGGUUUAAAUUAAUUUGUAAUUCAUUCUUAUUCAAAUGGUGGGAAAAUUUAUCUGAUUUAGAGCCAUUCAAAGAUGAAAAUAUUCAUCGUUUACUUUAGACAUUCUCUAAUUCUAUAACUAUUUAUUCCAUAUAUUCAAUACACUUAAUUGUUAAUCCUGUAUAAACAUAACCAUAGUCAAUCAUAACCAUAAACUGUAAACCAUAAUCCAUAACUAAAGCAAAUCCCGGACAUAUACUUCAGAGAAGUCAAAAAAAUCAGCUACGAGACACGUGAUUUGUGA